CUUUCAUCUGCCUUUUUUCAAAUCCCCCAUCUCCAUCUUUCCACCCAACCAUCAUCAAAUCCAUCGAAAUCCAUCAACCUCUUCAUUCAACCGAGGUUGAGGACCACAAUUCAGUAGGCUCACAGGUUUAUCCUGGCUUCAUCAUGAAUGCCGUCGACACCACCGAGCACUUUGCGAAACCAUCCCAUGAAUUGUCCCCAUCCCUCCUGACCAUCAUCCUCGAUACCAAUCCUGCCGCAUGGGCAUUACUGUCGCCUACCUUGACCCUAUCAGCCACCGUCGCCAAUCUUCUCGUCUUCAUCAACGCCCACCUCGCUGGGAACUACACCAACAAGGUCGCCGUAAUCGCCUCCCAUUGCGACAAGGCACAAUGGCUCUAUCCAACAGCCGUCGAACAACGGCUCCCACGGUCUGUUCAAGACCGACAGAAACGCCAUGCCACACAUACGCAGGCUGAAUCCCAGGACCUCACCGACUCGGCUAAGCGCCUCAAGCUCAAUGGACCAUCUCACACUCCCAAGUCAUCCACCACCUCCUCAUCAGGGCCUAACAAUCCCUCAGGCAACAAAUAUCGCCCUUUCCGACUCGUUGAGGAACAAGUCGUGCGAAACCUGUCAUCUCUACUCUCAGACACCACUCCAGAUGCUGUCUCGAGUAGCACAUCCACCAUGAUUGCCGGAGCCUUGACUCUCGCCCUCAGCCAUAUCAAUCGCGAAUCAAUCACUUACGCAGAAUCUCUGAUCGGCACAGGUACAGGCGCCGCUGGCGAUAACACUGGCAGCAACCAGAUGUCGACCUCGACCGAAGCCAACAGCACUUCGCUUCAAUCUCGCAUCCUCCUGAUCUCAGCCUCUCCUUCAACCGACCUAGCCCAUCAAUACAUCCCCAUCAUGAACGCCAUCUUCGCUUGUCAACGACUAUCCAUCCCCAUCGACGUCCUCUCACUCCCCAUCCCACACUCAGCAUCCAACCCAACUCCCACCACCACCACCACCACCACCACCACCACCACCACCACCACCACCACCACAUCCGACCCUCCAUCCAAGUCCUCGACAGAGUCAACCGCGAGUUCCGACUCAACCGUAUUCCUCCAACAAGCCGCCGACGCCACCAAAGGCAUCUUCAUCCCCGUCAAGCUGACCUCCCAGACCUCCCAAACCUCACCCGCAUCAGCACCGGAAACCUCGUCUACAGCCAGCCAAGCACUGCUGACCUACCUGCUGACAUCAUUCUUACCUUCGCCGGGCACACGAGCCGCACAUCUGAUCCUACCGACUCGUAUUGAUGUGGAUUUCCGCGCCGCUUGCUUCUGUCACCGCAAUGUCGUCUCCACGGGCUUUGUGUGCAGCAUCUGUCUCAGCAUAUUCUGCUCUGUGCCGGAAAAUGGCGUCUGUUUGACCUGUGGCACUCAUCUCAGUAUCGGAAAUUAUGGUGCCCGUCCGGUCGUUGUCCCCAAGAAGAAGGCCGCACGGACAAAGGCCAGAUGAAUUAGCACUAUACACCACACGUGAUAUGGAUCACAGUAGUCAUAUCUCGACGACAAAACAAUAUCAUGCACACGCGUGCAUAGAUCAUCUUGAGGCCACUCAAACACUCAUCAUCUACACCCUGGCGAGAUCGUUGGCAUGACCGUCCAGGUAGAUAUACUUCAAAGGUAGCAUUAGAAGGUCCUGUAGCAAAACUCAAAAAUGAAAAGGACGUUGAGAUUGA